AUGUUAGAAAACUUAUUUAUCUUCGUGACACUAGACAUAUCGAUAUGGAAGCUAGUUCCAUCAAGCACAGACUUCCUGGUUCCCGCUGAAAAUGUAGUAAAAGUCAAGCAAAACUUGUCAAGUCGUAACAUGACCUUUAUUGUGACCAUACCUAACGUGCAGAGAAGCAUUGAUGACCAGAAAACUUCCCCAGCCUUGUGGGACGAGCACACACUUCGAAUUGGUCACCGAAUGAACUGGAAAUCAUUCCCGCCUUUGAAUAUAAUUGAAGAGUAUUUAAAUUUCCUAGCUGAAGAAUAUUCAUCAAUAUGUAAAUUACAAGAUAUUGGGUAUACUUCUGAAAACAGAGCAAUAAAGAACGUUGUAUCAAAUACGAAAAAGAGAGUAAAUGCUUUAAUAGACGUUCACUCGUACGGACAUCUGAUCCUGUACCCAUGGUGUGCGAGGAGUCAGAAAUCACCUGAUUUGGAUCUGCACAAACUAACUGCAGAAGAAAUGGCCAAGGCGAUUAUGGCUGAAUCUGGAAUAAAGUACAACCAUGGUCCCACUUACCACAGAAUAUACCCCGCUACGGGCACCAUGCUAGAUUGGAUCUACUAUCAAGGAGCUAAACAUUCUUAUGCCAUUGAAACGAGAGACAAUGGCCAGUUUGGUUUUCUAUUGCCACCACAUGAAAUUGAAGACACAGGCAAAGAAAUAUUUGCUGCGGUAAAUUCUUUAGCUAGCACUCUUGAUCCUAAAAUUUUGCAAAGAGCAAAAGACACUGAGGCAUGGUUUUAA